GACAAGAACUUUAUCUCCGAUUACGCCUCAGUCAACAACGACACGGUCUUCGAGUCGGCCGCCAACACACAGAUACUGAAUCAAGUGAUUGUCGAACACUUCCUCCGCCAGGGAAUGCUGGAGAUAGCGGAACAGCUGACCCGCGAGGCGCGGCUCGACAUUCCCGACCACAAGAAGAAGCCGUUCACCGAAUUGAAUACGAUUCUCGACUCGUUGAAGGCCCGGGAUCUGCAGCCGGCCCUCCAGUGGGCGAUCGCCAAUCGGGAUCAGCUCCGCGCGCAGAACUCUGGAUCGGCGCUCGAGUUUAAACUCCACAGACUUCAGUUCAUUGAGCUCUUGAGGGGUGGCGUUCAGAAUCAGAUGAAACUCAUCGCUUACGCGCGACAGUACUUCCAACCGUUGGCCGACAAACACGAGCGGGAGAUACAGGCGAUGAUGGGUUCGCUACUCUACCUGAAGUCUGGGCUCCAGAACUCGCCCUACAAUUACCUGUUGGACAGUAUCGGGUGGUCAGAGAUAUGCGAUAUCUUUACGCGCGACGCGUGCGCUCUGUUGGGUCUGUCGGUGGAGUCGCCGCUGGCGGUGACCAUCAACGCCGGGUGCGUAGCCCUACCGGCGCUGUUGAACAUCAAGCAAGUGAUGCAACAAAGACAGGUCACUAACGUGUGGAAUACGAGGGAUGAGUUGCCCAUUGAGAUCGAUUUGAGCCGCAAGUGUCACUUCCAUUCGGUGUUCGCGUGUCCUAUACUCAGACAACAGUCGUCGGAGAAUAACCCGCCGAUGCGUUUGGUCUGCGGUCACGUCAUAUCCAGGGAUGCGCUCAAUAAGCUGUCCAACGGAACCAAAUUGAAGUGUCCGUAUUGUCCCAUCGAACAGAAUCCCAAUGACGCCCGACUCAUACAUUUCUAA